CAAGUCUUUCCCUUCAUUUCCUUGUUUCUCUAUCUCCUCUCUCUCUCUCUCUCUCUCUCGGCUUUCUUUGGUUAUCUGCCUUCGAUUCCUCUCUCAUCGCGCUCGAUCUCGUUUCGACGCUUUCACUUCAUUUGGAAUCGCGCGGUUGAGCCCUUUUGGUCGAGGUACGGUUCGUCGCAAUCCGUUCAAUUUGAAGCUCUCAAUCGUUGAACUUUCGGGUUCUAGGCUCUUUUUUUGGAUGGGUUUGCUUGCUUUUGAUCGCAGGUUCUUCUUAGGUGGAUUGAGUUUGCAAUUUCUGAUGCUGAAGAAAUAAGGACACUUGCAAGUUUUGCUUUUCAGUCUGAAAAUGUUGGAGGGUGGUCCAAAGUUUGCUGGAAUAAUAGACCUUAACAAACACGACAGUAACUUUUAUGAUUUGUCCCAAGUGUUUUACGAGAAACUUAAUGAGGGUACCAACAUGUCAGUUGACAGUUUUGGCAGUUUGCAAACCAGUACUGGUGGAGGGUCUGUUGCGAUGUCUGUAGAUAACAGCAGUGUUGGAUCAAAUGAUUCUAAUACUCGCAUUUUGAACCACCAAGGCUUGCGGAGGCGUGCUAACGACAAUUACAGUGUGCAACAGAGUGUUAAUCGUCGAGGAAGGGUCACACAUGCUCUGAGUGAUGAUGCACUGGCCCGAGCUUUAAUGGAUAGCAACACCCCUACUGAAGGACUUGAGAAUUUUGAUGAGUGGACAAUUGAUUUAAGAAAGCUUAAUAUGGGUGAGGCUUUUGCGCAAGGGUCCUUUGGGAAACUAUACAGAGGCACUUACCAUGGUGAGGAUGUUGCUAUCAAGAUCUUGGAGAGGCCAGAAAAUGACCUGGGAAGAGCUCAAUUGAUGGAGCAACAAUUUCAGCAGGAAGUGAUGAUGCUGGCUACACUUAAGCAUCCAAACAUAGUUCGUUUUAUUGGUGCUUGCCGUAAACCAAUGCUUUGGUGCAUUGUGACAGAGUAUGCAAAGGGUGGUUCGGUCCGGCAAUUCUUGACAAAGCGCCAAAACAGAUCAGUGCCAUUGAAAUUAGCAGUCAAGCAAGCCUUGGAUGUAGCAAGGGGGAUGGCAUACGUUCAUGGGCUUGGGUUGAUUCAUAGGGACUUAAAGUCGGACAACCUCUUGAUUUUCGCAGACAGAUCAAUAAAAAUUGCUGACUUUGGGGUUGCUCGGAUAGAAGUGCAGACAGAAGGAAUGACACCAGAGACAGGGACGUACCGCUGGAUGGCUCCGGAGAUGAUCCAGCACAGGCCUUACACACAGAAGGUAGAUGUGUAUAGUUUCGGGAUUGUUCUGUGGGAACUUAUAACAGGAUCGCUUCCAUUCCAGAACAUGACAGCAGUGCAGGCAGCAUUUGCAGUUGUUAACAAGGGUGUUCGUCCUAACAUCCCCAAUAACUGCUUACCUGUUCUCAGUGAGAUCAUGACCCGAUGCUGGGACGCCAACCCUGAUGUCAGGCCGCCCUUUGCAGAAGUUGUCAGAAUGCUUGAGAACGCGGAGAUGGAGAUUAUGACAACUGUCCGCAAGGCCCGUUUCAGGUGUUGCAUGACCCAACCAAUGACAACGGACUGAUCCCAGAAAAAGAUAAGACAAGAAAACAGUCAUAAGAACAUAAAGAGUAAAGAAGAAAGUGGAAAAGGAGAAAAAGAGGGCGAGUGUGUCAUAGCCUUGUGUAUUUAUCAGUUUAAUUUCUUUCUUCAAUAGAAAAAGGACGAGUUAUGAUAAAACCUUUGGUUAUGGUGUUUCUACAUUAAUGGAUUCCUGUUGAAUGAAUUAGUAAUAGAAGAGGAGAUCGAUGUGUAUGUAUAACUCUCACUCUGCAAUGUAUUAACCUACCUUGUUUA